AUGUUCUUCAACUUGAAUAUCCAGGUACCAGUACCUCAAUGGCAGUGGCAUCUCCCGCCGCCAUCCAUAUUACAAAAGUACAAGCAGCCGGCAGCUUUGGCACAGACGGUGGCCGUGCUGGUACAACGUGGGCAGCAGAAAUUGGCGGAGAUAGCUGGCGGUCACUGGCAUGGCAAUGUCAUUGUCGUCUUGAUUCUGCUGGGCGUGUCCAUUGUGGCUCUGGCGCUUUGGAUCUAUCAUUGCUCGUGGAAGUCGAGCAGCAGCAUUGCAACCGAACAGAAGUCGCAUCAUCAGUCGUCCUGCAAUGUGGGCUUGACUGCUGAUACCAAGUCGUUGCCAUGGGUAGGAAGACCCGAGAAGAUCGCUCGUUGGGUUCUUCCCAAUACCCGGGCCAGGUUGUGGAAUAUGAUCAAUUAUGAGAGGGCGUUGAAGGAGGCUUAUGAGAAGUACGCCAUCCAUGAUAAAGCAUGUAUGCUCGCCACUCUCGACGGCGAAGUCAUCCUGCUUCCGCCCUCGUCGAUCCCCUGGCUCAUAUCGCAGCCAGAACACGUCGUCAGCGUCAACGGAGCACACAAACACAUCCUUCAGACCAGAUACACCUUUCCCCGGCCGGAGAUCAUGGAUCCAACUGUUCAUUUCGACGUGAUAAAGUCCGAACUCACUCGUCAAGUGUUCAACGUGACGCCCGAGGUCUGCGAUGAACUGGCUGCCGCGGUCGACGAGAUCUGGGGCACCGACACGGCCAAUUGGACUGAGAUCCCGCUCUUUGAUUCCCUGACUAAAAUCAUUGCGAGGACAAGUAAUCGUGUCUUUGUGGGGUUGCCUUUCUGCCGCAAUGAAGAAUACAUCCACAACGCCGUCGGAUUCGCCGAAGACAUUGCCCUAUCCGCCACGUUACUGCGUCUGUUCCCGGCCUUUCUGCGGCCUUUGGUGGCGCCCAUAAUUACACAUCCGAACCGGAAACAUGCGCGCGGCUUCACUCGAAUCUUGACGCCAGAGAUUCUACGGCGGCAACGGCAACAGCAACAGCAACAGCAAACAGACGAUAAACCAGACUCAAAAAACGAUUUCUUGCAGUGGCUGUUGACGCGCUCGCUGAAACGGUCGACUUCAACACGUCCAAGCCAAACUGCCACUGGUCCUGACGAAACAGACCCGCAGAUUAUAUGUGCGCGCCUCUUACACACCAAUUUCGCCGCCGUCCACACAACUAGUUUCAUCGCGACCAAUGCGCUCUUGGAUAUCUUGUCCGUCCCGCUCGUUCAGGGCGUGGUCGACAAGUUGCGCGCCGAAGCUGUGGAGACGAUGGAUAUGACAAACAACGAGUCGGACGUCCCGCACCAACCAAAAUCGGCUGGGUCUGCUGGGCCAAUGUGGUCCAGAGCCUCACUUUCCCAAAUGCAUUACCUCGACUCCGCUCUGCGCGAGAGCUCACGUCGAGCCAGCAUCAUUGGCGUUGGCAUCAAUCACAAGGUCGUCGUUGAAGGUGGCGUCACCACGCCUGACGGCACUUAUUUGCCUCAGGGGAGUAUGGUGGCAGUACAUAGUUGGGGCUUGCACAACGAUGAAAACAUUUACGAUAUGGCGGGCGAGUAUAGACCUUUUAGGUUUGUCGAGUUGAAAGACAGGAUUGGGCGGAGCGAGCGCGAGACCCUUGGGUCGAGCGAGACUAAUAAAGGUGCUGCAGCGGACGUGGAGAGGGAUGAGAAGGGGAAAUCAACGGCAACACGCCGUGGUGAGGACGCCACAAAAAUCUAUCUCGACAAAGCUCAUCUCCAAUUCAUCGCAACGUCGCCGACGUACCUUGGCUUCGGGCACGGUCGGCACGCGUGUCCCGGUCGCUUUUUCGCCGCCAACGAACUCAAGUUGUUGAUGGCUUAUCUUUUGACGAGAUAUGAUGUGCAUAUGGUGCUGGAUGGUCAGGACUACGGUGGAUAUGGGAAAGGGAGUGAAAAUGGAAAUGGUAAUGGAUUAGGUGUCAGGCCGCAGUGUUAUUGGGCUGGGCCGAAUCAUGUCCCGCCUAUGGGUGCGAAAGUUAGAGUGAGACGGAGGAAGACGUGCGUGGAUGCGGUGGGUUCUACGGAUUGA